AUGCAGGAUAACGAAUCCUUAAGGGAGUUCGUGAAGCGGUUUGGUCAGGCCGUACUACAGAUAGAGGCUUACAGCAUGGAUGUUGUCCUACAGAUCUUCAAGCGAAGCAUCUGUCCAGACACCCCAUUUUUUGAGUCACUCGCUAAAAAGCCUCCUACGACGAUGGACGACUUGUUCCGGCGUGCGAGCAAAUACUCAAUGCUCGAAGAUGACGUGCGUGCAGCCACCCAACAAGUCUUGGUUGUUGGACAGACAUUCAGAAGGGGUGCGAAAAGAAGUGCCAAACUUCCGGACCGGCCAAGGCUGUCCGAUCGAAGGCAGGAAGGGCCAAGUCGCCUAGAAAUGCCGCCCCUCACACCCCUUUCCAUAUCAUAUGAGAAGCUUCUCCCUAUGAUUCAAGACAUGUCCGACUUCAGGUGGCCUAGACCCAUCGGAAUGGACCCAUCCAAAAGAGAUCAUAGUAAAAAAUGUGUCUUCCAUAAGGAGCAUGGUCACACAACGGAGACAUGCAGGUGCCUUCAUUAUUUGGUCGAAAGGCUCAUAAGGGCGGGACAUUUAAAGCAAUACCUUCGCUCAGAUGCCGGAGGUAGAGACGCUUCCCGAAAUCACAACUCUGGAGCUCCCAGGGCCCCUGCCGCCCCCAAAGCCGUUAUGAACUAUAUUAACGGAGGCCCAUCUGACGAGGAGUACGACUCCAAAUGA